GUCUCCGCAGGCAACUCAUUGAAGUAUCGCUACCCGAUGCAUACAUAUACAGUACACAAUACUAAACUGCAGGAAGCUGCACGCCCGUUCAGUGAGUAAAUUACUUUACUGUGCGCCGGCAUUCGACUUUUGCUCUGAACUCCCUGCAGAUUUUUGUCAGAAGUGGCCACGUCAAACCGAAAGUUGGAAGUUCCAAUUGCACAUUGGCUACUGUAAGUAGUUGAAGUUGCGAGUUUCAUCUGGGCGCCCAGCCAAUAAGGAAAAAGUGCAAGCUUCACGAACGUGUGACGUAAGAGGACCAGCAAAUCCAUUAUUCAUGCCACCACCGAGCGAAAAGAGCCCUCUUGUCGGGAAAAACCCUUUAGGCAGCGGCAACGGGGCUCAGAGUAAUAGAGCAGUCGGCGCGGGACGACGGACAAUGGGUAAUGGAGCAGGCACACAAUCCCGGUCCCCCGGCACUGCUAACCGGUCUGAGAAUGGCAAAGGGAAGGAAGACUCCGAGUUGCUUCAGCUCAAGGCAAAGGUGGCCCAGCUGGCCUUGGAUAUCAUGGACAGGGAUGCCGAACUCGGGAUGGUUCGGAAGGAGAUCAAGUCCUGCAACGAGCUCCUCUCAGAGCGGGAGGAGGAGAUCGGAAAACUCCGCGAGGAGGUUCACAAGCUCCGCUCUGUAUUGCAGCAGCGAACACUGCAGGAUGUAGUGCAGCCAGAUGUCCUAUCCACCAUUCACGAGGAACGAGGGAUGGCCGGGGCAAACAAAGACCGAAACAAGAAACAGGGGGUGUCUGGCGAAAGUGGAAUCCAGGAUAACGUGACGUCAGCAGAUGAUAAUUAUACCUUGCAAAGAUACGAGAAGACAUCCAGCUCAAAAGAGCUAAUAAAAAGUGCCAUCUUGGACAAUGACUUCACCAAGAACUUUGAUGCGACCCAGGUCAAGGAGAUUGUGGAGUGCAUGUACCCAAUGGAGUUUGGUGCGGGACAGCUUGUCAUCAGGGAGGGCGACGCAGGGGCACACUUCUAUGUGGCUGCAGAUGGGAAUCUUGAAGUCAGUAAAAGUGGCAAGAAGCUGGGUAAGAUGGGACGAGGGAAGGUUUUUGGAGAACUCGCCAUCCUCUACAAUUGUACAAGAACGGCCUCUGUCAUUGCUGUGACGGAUGCUAAGAUUUGGGCCAUAGAUCGAACAGCAUUCCAAGUCAUAAUGAUGAAAACAGCCAUGCAGAGACACGACGAGCAUCUCCAGUUUCUCAAGAGUGUUGUAAUAUUGCAGUCACUGUCUGCCUCCAAUUUGUUUAAACUUGCUGAGAGUCUGGAGGUAGAUUUUUUUGUGGAAGGAGAGUACAUCGUAAGAGAAGGAACAAGAGGAGACACUUUUUACAUCAUCAGCAAAGGAUCGGUGACAAUUACUCAGUCUCUUACUGGUCUGGAUGAGCCACAGGAGGUCCGACAAUUAGGCAGAGGAGAUUAUUUCGGAGAGAAAGCCCUCCUCAGUGAAGACGUACGGACAGCCAAUGUCAUAGCAGGAAAAGGCGGGUGUCAGGUCCUUGUUAUAGAUCGGAUAGUUUUCAAUGAACUAAUCGGUAACCUCCAGGAACUGCAAAACAAGGACUACGGUGACCAGGAGAGGGGUGCAACAAGAUCAAGCAACUCCUCUGAGCCAGAUACACAAAGGCAGAGCCUUCGAGACAAGUUCAGCAACAUUGAGUUGGAUGAUCUCGACAUCAUUGCCACGCUUGGAAUUGGUGGCUUUGGUAGAGUGGAAUUGGUUGGACUUGCUGGAGACAAGAAAACAUUUGCCCUGAAGUGUCUGAAGAAGUACCACAUCGUGGAGACAAGGCAACAAGAGCAUAUCUACUCUGAGAAAAAGAUAAUGAUGAAUGCCAACUGUCUGUUUAUUGCAAAAUUAUACAAGACAUUCAAGGACAGCAAGUAUGUGUACAUGCUGAUGGAAGUGUGUCUAGGAGGUGAACUGUGGACCAUUCUCAGAGACAGAGGGUCGUUUGAUGACCACACUGCACGUUUCUUCAUUGCCUGUGUGGUUGAAGCCUUCUCCUACUUGCACAGUAAAGGGAUUGUUUAUCGUGAUCUCAAGCCUGAAAAUCUGCUCCUUGAUUCAAAUGGCAUUGUUAAGCUGGUAGACUUUGGGUUUGCCAAGUACAUUGGUUUUGGUCGUAAGACGUGGACAUUUUGUGGCACACCAGAAUAUGUUGCUCCAGAGAUCAUCCUGAAUAAAGGACAUGACUAUGCUGCUGACUACUGGUCACUGGGCAUCUUGAUAUUUGAACUUCUCACUGGCAACCCACCUUUCACUUCUGCUGACCCCAUGAAGACAUACAACAUCAUUCUUAAAGGCAUUGACAUAGUGGAGUUUCCAAGGAAGAUCCCCCGCCAUGCAGCUACUCUGAUCAAGAAACUUUGCCGUGACAAUCCAGCUGAGAGGAUUGGCUACCAGAAAAAUGGCAUCUUGGAUAUCAAGAAGCACAAGUGGUUUCAAGGAUUUGACUGGGAAGGCCUGAAGAGGCAGAAAGUUGAUCCUCCCAUAAUCCCUCAGGUUCGUGGCCCAGAGGAUGCAAGUAAUUUUGACUCUUACAGCAAGGAUCUAGAGAUUCCUCCUGAUGAACUGUCUGGCUGGGAUGAAAAUUUUUAAGAUAAGGCUCAUAAUUUGGCAAGGAAACAUUAAUGUUUCGCACACACCAGCAAGGCAUCUACUACAGGAACUAGGCUUGGCUUUGCACUUGCGACUGAUGUCUCUCACUUGCCCAGUUUCACAUCCAAGUUCCUGAAGUUUGUGAAAGGUUUAGCAGGAAAUCAUGUUGUGUAUUUUUAAUCUUACGUGCAAAAUUUUGUAGUUGCAUUUGUAAGCAUUUGGUAUGUGAAGAUGGUAAGAUUAACUAAUGGCUAAUACAGUUUUCAAUCAUAAGCUGAAAAGUUGAUGCCCUUAACGUAACAGUUCUAAUGUCAAAUGGUUCACUGUACAAGUAAACAAGUAUGUGGUCAAGUAAGGUGCGAUGAGAGUUCCUGAAACUUAGUAUAUGGCUGUUUAAGAAGAGUGGAGUGGUUUUUACUUCUGACCAGUAGUGUAACUGGGGUGAAAUUUCUGAGGGAUACCUGAGGGGGCCCAUUGUUAGACUUCUGCUGUGGGGUUGCAUGCUGUCCCCCAGACAAAAACACUGCAUGUGCGAACUUGUUCACAGGCAUCUCGCUAUAUUACAAACUACUUAUUUUGCAAAUCUGUGGAGUAUUGACACUUGUAGGCCCAUUCAACAUAUUUCAGAAAAGGGCUCUCGAGGUAUUUAAUUGCAAGGAAAACUGAACCUUUACGACUAGGGAAGGAACUUAUAAAACAUAUAAAAUGUAUGAAAAAAGAACCCCGAAUCAUUUGUUCUUCCAUAUUUUUGAAUUUACAAAGCCUUUAAGUGGUAUGUGAAUUUUGAAACAUUGAUUCACUAAUGACCAUUUGGUAAUAUUAUAUAUUACACUUUGCUCACGUGCUUAGAAUUGGACACUACAAGACAAAAAGUCUUGUAUGGGUUUGUUAUAUUUUAAAACUGUUUGGUUGGAUUCUGUUGAGCACAUUCUGAGAAAAAAAUGGUGCUUUAAUGCAAAAAUGAAUGGUGUGACAGGCGAAGCCUGUUUUAUUGUAUGGCUUCGACAUGUAAAUGGUGAUUUAUAAAAAGAAUAAGGAUGACAAGUUUUAGACUAGAACUCGAUUCAAUAAAUCUGAACGCCGUCUAGUCAGGGUUUUCUGACGAUCAAUCCAGGUUGCCUAAAAGGCAGUGACUCCUAAAAUUCCAAUGACAAAUUACCACAAACCGUACAAGGAUUCUGUAUAAACUUGUCAUUGGGAAGACAAUGUUACGUGACAUUUUUAUAGGCUAUGAAAUGCACCCCAAAAUUCUGUUCAGAAAAUGUUGUAACGCUUUCUGCUGUCCCGUCUCCCAGGAUCAACCUACACUUUCACUGAGGCUGGUUCACUGACACUUCCCACACUGUCACCUUGUGGAAUGUAACUAGGUUUAAUCUGGAAUUAACCGAAUCAAAGCAAAACAUGUGGUAUCAUGUGGUCGGGAAAUUACACGUCACAUGAAAAGGUGGUAAUUGAUCAGGCUCUAAUAAGAUAAAUCACAAUAUAUGUACAUGUACAUUAAAAACACGUAGUUACAUAGUACUAUUGGAGGACAUACAUGUAUCAACCUAAGUACAUGUAGUUUGCAAUAGAUAGAAAACCGAAAUGUACAUCUAUGCAGCCAAAACUUACGACUUUGCUGAGCACAGGCUUACAAACACAAUGUACUUGCAGAACUGGCAGAAAUGCGUCAAAACAGGGUUUUCCAAUAUCUAUUCAUCCAAUAAAUCUUCAAACUUUGUAACUUCAGUAGCUUUCUCCAACGUGAGAUUGCCCGCCAACAAUACAUGCGUAAGUAUGGUCCCCAAAUCUUUGUUAUCUGAGUCCUAUCACAUCAUACAGUAAUUAUAUGUACAUGUAACCAGAUAUCCGACUGAAACAAUGUCGGUGUAGCAAUAACUACUGCCCUACACACAAAUCUCACUGGUGGGCCAAAAAUGCGCUGCCUGAAUAUACCUAAAGAAAAGCCUGUGUUACAAUGGUCUUCAUGGCACCCGACUCAGAACUACAUAAAAAGAAACUAACGUAUAGUUUGAAGCAAGUGUAAUCAAGUGGUGAAUGUUGUUAUUCCAACAGAAGGUUACAAAAUGAUGAAUUCUGACUUUAAAAUCUGCCGUUUUCUGCAUGUAAAGGUGCACAUUUUUCAGGCACCAUAGCGUACUUUGCCUGCCUAACUACAGUGCGGUAAAGAUGUAAUUCUGGUUACCAAACCUGAUGGGUCUGACUGUUCCCCUUCGAUUUUAGUAUGUGUCGUCGGAGAUCUUCUUGUCUCGGAACCAGACUACAGCGAAUCGACACAGGGCCAAAUAUAAAAGGCCGGCGUGAAUUUACGAUUAUAUAGGCCUAGCAAGAUCAACCUCAAAGCAAACAUGUGGCUCUUUCUAAGGCAUACAUGCUCAGCACCUGAGCACCAUGUUCAAGAAAAAAUAAAUGAAAAAAUCAAGUCGCCGCACCAGUUUCAGAGCCAACUCCCGACCUGAAACCUGUGUCAUUUUGGGACCUUACACUUGGCCAUGAUUGUGCCUACUGGCUGCUUUCUAGCCAGCCGUGCUCUGGGGGGUCAUGCUGCACAUUUUGUCACUUACAGAGUGCGUGUACAUGUAUAACUUUUGCCCUUGAGAAAGAUCCUGCCGGGAUCAAAACAUGAAAUUAUAUAAAUGAAAUAAACAUGUGAAUUCGAAACCACGUUUUCCUUUGUCUGUUAUAAGCCGUUGACUUUUUUAAGUUCAAAUAUCAUGAGGGUAGUAAAUCUCAAUUUGUCUAAAUCUGCACACUUUGGAAAGAAUUCUGCAUUAUGAUUCCCCCUUUUUUACAUAAUAUCGACGAUGGGUUAGAUUAUGAACUACAUAUAUGUACGCAAUAAACCUCGAUCACUUAACUCAGUGCACAUGAACGGAUCCUGUCCUUGACUUUUUCUUGCCUUUCCAUAUUCAGCAUUCUUUCUUGCCAAACAUGAUACGGAGUGGAAGCAAGACAUGACUGGAUCAGGAUGGGAUGGUAUCAGAUGAAGGUCAUUCAUCGGAUGAUCUGGGCAGAAAUUUGACAAAAAACAAAAAGAUAAACACAGGAAAUUCAAAUUAAAUCUGGGCAAGAUUUGUUAAAACAGUAUAUUGGCAAUAUUGACGCACAUGAGUGGAUAUGGUGGGACAACAACAUGUCAGAGGCAAAUCCGAUAAGAAUAACUUACGUGACAGUAACGAGUUGGGAUGGUACUUGGCAUAUUGGUAGGCGUGGUAGGCUAAAUUGUUAAAUUUUACAGCAAAAUCAUUCUGGAGUUGAGCUUUGAAAGACAUCCAGACAUCCAUACAUACCUUUUCCUUGCUCUCUGUGACAUCUGCAUUCCCUAGUUGUACCUCUUGCUCACACUUUUCCUAUGGAUUUCGUGGUGUUGAGUAAACCUGCAUUUUCAGUGAAAACCAAAUCUCCCGACACUGAUUUAGAUACUGACUACACUUGUCGGCGCUCAUUACUGUCAGAAUCUGAAACUUUCCACCACUUCUCGGACAUUUACAGGAUUUUAACAUUUCUUUUCACAUUCAGGAACACUAAUUCGGAUUUUUCUUCCUCUGACACGCUCCAUUUUGGCAAUCAAUGCACAGCCACAACAGCAAUGCAGCAAUAUAAACAACAGCAACAACAAUAUAAACAACAAUGCUAUUGCUCUUCGGAUCUCUAGUCUGGUUUGAGUGGCGGAUAGAAAUUUAGGAAAAGAGGGAGCAUGAUGAGUCUGGGAACCAGACUUUAAUAUGUGCCCUUUUGUGUUGGAAAGUCUUAUGUAGGAGGUUUUGGGUACAAAAUUAAAAUUGGGAAAUACGAAAAAGUCAAAACACUAAAUUCUGAACAAAGCUGUUUUAGCUAACCGAAAAAGUCUUUAACAGAUUACAUCAAAUUGUCUACUUGUGAUUUGAUUACAUUUCUGACGAUUUGUUCAGUGCAUAUUCGGUAUGUUAUGUACCUGUUGCCCUCCCCCAGUGGGGAAGGGAAAUGCAUUGAGUUGUGAACAAAAUUCGACAAAUUUAACGCCAGAUUUCUCCCCUUUUGUCACAAUGACAACAACAAUAAGUGAAUUUUUCCACAGUUCAAACUACGCACAUGUGAAUUUUCAUCUAGUUCCGAAGUGGGUGCCGCAAGAUGACAGAAAAAUCGGGUGCGUUUCAUGGCCUAGUGGGUUUAUGGACCCAUUGAACCUCUAAGUUUUAAGUAAAGUAUGUUUUACAAUAUCUACGGCAAUCUAGAUGAGGUUGAAACUGAGGAGUUCCAGUUUCCCAAGCGAGUUGUAAUUGGACGCUUGGCUUUGUGCAUGCUUAAUUUUAUGGCUUAUUAUCACUACUAAAUGUUGGAAAACUGAGGUGCCUGACAAUGAGAUGUCAAAGAAAAUAUAAGAAAACAACGUUUGAGUAAACCUUUUUGAUGUUUAUCAAACUUUUGUAAAGAGUUACAAAUGUAGUAACUAAACAGUGGUAUUUUUAACAUACAUAGAUAUACCUAUAUAUUUUUGUAUUUUUGUUCUUUUAUCACAGAUUUCACAAGUGUUUUGGUCGUAUGAGUUAUAAGAAAAUUUCCGUCAACAUUUUUACCGUAGAGCUGAUCUGAUUUCGUUGUGAUCCCAGAUAAAACUUAAUGUCUCUGUUUUAAAGUCGUAUCAUUGUGAGUAGAAAGGACUGCACAACAAAGGGCAUUUUUAACACUGGCAGCUUUUUGGAAAGCUAUGCUGUGUGGAAAGCAUCGUUAAAGUCUAAUACUAAAUGUAGUGUAAUACUCUAUCAAAAUUGUGGUAAGGCAUAAUGUGUGAAUCAGGGAAAUCAGUAAUAAUGUUUUUGAUUCAGUUCAUUUAUCUUGUGGUUUGAGGUUUACCUGUGUGUUCCUACAUGUAUCUGGUUCUUCUAGUUAAGGCACGGGCUUAGACCACAGAUGUUUGUAAAAAAAAUCAAAUGUAAAGUUUAAUGAAAUGGUUUUGGUGGUUUAAACUAACUCCAUGUUUUGGGAUAUGAAAAUAAAAAGAAAAAAAUGGGAUUGAAA